ACACACAUACAAUCCCAAACCUCCAAAAAAUGGCCCUCGUGAAGCUACUAGUGACAUUCGCAAUAACAACCGUGAUCACAAUCGCAGUCAUCACAACCACCACCACAGUGGAGAAGGAGAACACGAGCUUUGAUGUACCGGGUACGCCGACUAUAAGGCCUAGUAGGUUCUUGGCUCAGAAGGAAGUAGGUGAGCGAAACCCUAACGCUGCGGACCAUUGCCACAAGGACCCUGAGAUAUGUAAUCUCUACGGAGGCGGAGGAAGCAACUCGACGGUGACGUGCUGCAACAACAAGUGCAUAGAUGUGAGCAAUGACGACAAGAACUGCGGCGCGUGUAAGAGCAAAUGCAAGUUCUCACAAACAUGUUGUCGCGGCCAAUGCGUUUACCUGGCUUACGACAAACGUCAUUGUGGACAGUGUAACAAUCCGUGUGAGCUAGGCGAGCUAUGCGUCUACGGUCUCUGUAACUACGCGUGAUUGAUAGAUACAUCAUAUCAUACGAGAGAGUCGUUAUAUAUAAUACACACACAACACACUAACUAAAGCUAAUUAAAUUUGAAGUCUAUU